AUGGCCGACAACAAACGCCAGACCAGGGUGGCUCGUCCGACGCCGCCUGAUGCGCUCGCGCUUCCGCACGUCGUCGAGGCCAUUGCGACGUGCUUACGCGACCAAGCGGACUUUAGCAGCUAUCUGCACGCGGUGCCACGCUCGCUCUGGACGCCGGCGCUCACGGCCUUUCUCGCCUGCAACACGACACCGCCGCAACGCAUGGCGUUGCCGCCUUCGGUAUUGGUGCUGCUUGCGGCGACGCUGCCGCUGCGUCCACGCAUCGAACUCGAGUUUGUGACCCGCGACGCAGCGCGACUGGCCUCGCUCGUCGCCGUCCUCGGCCCAUCGCUCAGCAGCGUCACUAUCCAUUUGAGCAGCAACGGUGUGGCGAAUGGCCGAGGCCGAGCGAUGAGCGACCUCCUCUUGCAGGGCUGCCCACAUCUGCGUAGAGUGAUCAUAUCCGUCGUGCCCCGCCGGGCGAACCAACUGGUCGAGCUCAACGAUGCGCUCGGUGUCGUCGCCCACCCGCAUAUGGACCACGAUGCUGUCAUCGCGUUCUGCGAAGCGCUCCAAGCCAGCACGACGCUGCGAGAUGUUGUCAGCAACGUUCCCAGCCUCGGUGGCUUCCACGGUCGCACGCUCCCAGUGUCGUUGAUUAUCUUGGAUUGGGAGAGCCGCGCCAACGAGAUAGUCGACGACGCAACGCUGACGGACCUUGCGACCGCCGUCGGCCGCACGCAGCUCAAGUACCUUGUCUGCAAUGCCUUUGGCCAGCUGGCGACAUUUCCGGCAGCAGCGCCAAUGCUCGCACAAUUGCAGUGGCUUAUCGUCUCCGGGUUGCACGCCAACGACAUGAAGGCAUUGAUCGACGGCUUGUCGUCGGUCCCAUCGCUGACGUCUCUGUCGCUUCACAAGUGCAGUCUCUCGUCGUCGAUGGAGCUGCUCAGGGAGACGCUUGCGACGACGUGCGUGCAUCUCGCCAAGCUCACAGUCCGCGAUCAGCAUCCGACUCGCGACGGAUGA